CUUGCUUUUUAUAAGCGAUUUUUCGCCGUGUUUGCUUACGGAUGUUUUACUGUCAAAUGAGGGUAUUUUUUUUUUUUUUUGCGAUAGCUACAUUUCGUCUGUAAAUCAUUUCCUCCAACGGCCCCGUCAGUUAACCGGCCUCACUGACCGACUGCACAACGCGGUUAGACGAGAGAGAGGCAAAAAGAGGAAGCAAUAGCCAACCAUCUUUCUUCUUGUGCCAGCAAUAACAAGAAAGAGAACAGGCUAGGUUCAAGUAGAGCUGUGUAGUUUGAAAUUGAUUGUCUGCUUAAUACUAGAUAAAGGACUUGGGUAAAACCUCUCCGUGUUAAGGUAGAUUAACGCUCUCGGACACUGAGCUCGUCCCCCUUCCGGCAAGCCUGGAAGUUUCGGAUCAGAAGACUGGCUGUUAAGAAUUAGUAUUCCCGUUUUUUCAUGUUUCCAACAGGUUUAUCUUCCCCUAAUCCCCCACCACCGCCAACCCAGGAGGCUAGACCAGCGGCUACUGAUGUCAAAAACGACAGCGGUAACAUCACAUCUCCGAAGAAGAGGAAAAUAAACGGCUCAGAGAGGGAAGAUACUAGUGACACGAUCUCCCCUUCGCCUCCCAAGACCCUGAAUUCCUCCUCUUCUUCCUCCUCCUCCUGCUCUCCCACUCCGCUACACAUUCAGAAGAAGUUGAGGUUUGAGGAUUCGGUGGAUUUCAUUGGACUGGAUGUGAAAAUGGCUGAGGAGGCUGCUGCUGCUGCUGCCGCCGCCGCUGCCGCCGCCGCCGCCGCUUCGUGCUCUAAUAACAAAAGCAAAGCCGUGUUCCUGUCCGGUGGCGUGGGGCACCAUGCAAACGGACUGACGAAAACCGCCGGCUCCGGCACCUUCUCCAACAGUAAACCUGGCGCUGCCAAGAAACUAGUCAUCAAGAACUUCAAAGAAAAGCCCAAGUUGCCCGAGAACUACACACAGGAGACCUGGCAGAAGCUGAAGGAGGCAGUGGAGGCCAUACAGAACAGCACUUCAAUCAAGUACAAUCUAGAGGAGCUCUACCAGGCUGUUGAGAACCUGUGCUCCCAUAAGAUUUCUGCCAAGCUUUACAAACAGCUGAGAGCCGUGUGUGAAGACCAUAUCAAGGCACAGAUUGAUCAAUUCAGAGAGGAUGCCCUGGACAGUGUGCUUUUCCUCAAGAAAAUUGACAAGUGCUGGCAAGAUCACUGCCGACAAAUGAUCAUGAUUAGGAGUAUAUUUUUGUUUUUGGACCGCACCUAUGUUUUACAAAAUUCAAUGCUGCCAUCAAUCUGGGACAUGGGUCUGGAGCUGUUCAGGUUCUACAUCAUCAGCGAUCUGAAGGUCCAGAGUAAAACCAUCGACGGGAUUCUGCUGCUCAUUGAGAGGGAGCGAAACGGAGAAGCGAUAGACCGUAGUCUGCUGAGGAGCCUGCUGAGCAUGCUCUCUGAUCUGCAGAUUUAUCAAGACUCCUUUGAGCAGCGCUUUUUGGAGGAAACAAAUCGCCUGUACGCUGCAGAGGGACAGAGGCUGAUGCAAGAGAGAGAGGUACCAGAAUAUCUCCAUCAUGUCAACAAACGCUUGGAGGAGGAGGCUGACAGAGUCAUCACAUAUCUAGACCAGAGCACACAAAAACCACUCAUUGCUACUGUGGAGAAGCAGUUGCUGGGUGAACAUCUCAGUGCAACUCUGCAGAAAGGGCUGACUCACUUGCUGGAUGAGAACAGAAUUCAGGAUCUGUCUCUUCUCUAUCAGCUCUUUAGUCGAGUGCGAGGUGGUGUUCAGGUCCUCCUGCAACACUGGAUAGAGUACAUAAAGGCUUUUGGAAGCACAAUUGUAAUCAAUCCAGAAAAAGACAAAACCAUGGUGCAGGAGUUGCUGGACUUUAAAGACAAAGUGGAUCACAUCAUCGACGUCUGCUUCGUGAAGAACGAGAAGUUUGUCAAUGCGAUGAAGGAGGCUUUCGAAACAUUCAUCAACAAGCGGCCAAAUAAACCUGCAGAGCUCAUAGCAAAACACGUGGAUUCAAAGCUACGGGCAGGAAACAAAGAGGCAACAGAUGAAGAACUGGAGAAGAUGCUGGAUAAGAUCAUGAUUAUCUUUAGAUUCAUCUAUGGAAAAGAUGUUUUUGAGGCCUUUUACAAAAAGGAUCUGGCCAAGAGGUUGCUGGUCGGAAAGAGCGCUUCUGUUGAUGCUGAAAAAUCAAUGUUGUCAAAGCUGAAACAUGAAUGUGGAGCAGCGUUCACCAGCAAACUGGAGGGGAUGUUCAAGGAUAUGGAGCUUUCUAAAGACAUCAUGGUGCAGUUCAAACAGUAUAUGCAGUGCCAAAACAUUCCUGGCAACAUCGAGCUGACCGUCAACAUCCUCACUAUGGGUUACUGGCCAACUUAUGUCCCAAUGGAAGUGCACCUGCCUCCCGAGAUGGUGCGACUGCAAGAGAUCUUCAAGACCUUCUACCUGGGCAAACACAGUGGCAGAAAGCUGCAGUGGCAAUCGACACUAGGCCAUUGUGUCUUAAAAGCUGAAUUUAAGGAGGGCAAGAAGGAGCUGCAGGUGUCACUCUUCCAAACACUUGUGCUACUGAUGUUUAAUGAAGGAGAGGAGUUCACCUUGGAGGAGAUCAAGCUGGCAACAGGAAUAGAAGACAGCGAACUGCGCCGGACGCUGCAGUCACUUGCUUGUGGAAAAGCACGAGUCCUCACCAAGAUCCCAAAAAGCAAAGACGUGGAGGACGGGGACAAGUUUUCCUGCAACGAUGAUUUCAAACACAAACUCUUCAGGAUCAAAAUAAACCAGAUCCAGAUGAAAGAAACGGUGGAGGAGCAAGCCAGUACAACAGAAAGGGUCUUUCAGGAUCGUCAGUAUCAGAUCGAUGCUGCCAUUGUGCGGAUCAUGAAGAUGAGGAAGACUCUGAGCCAUAAUCUCUUGAUGUCUGAGGUGUACAACCAGCUCAAAUUCCCUGUCAAGCCUGCUGACUUGAAGAAGAGGAUAGAGUCUCUUAUUGACAGGGACUAUAUGGAGCGUGACAAGGAAAAAUCCAACCAGUAUAACUAUGUGGCUUAACAAAAGAAAAAGUGACAGAGAAAAAGAGAUGCGAGUGGUCCAGUAAGGCUGAAAGCUGCUCUGAAGGAUCGGUCUCUAUAUCUUUUGCUCCAGUGGAUGUUAACCAUUAUCAUCUUCAACCUAGCGACCGACAAGUGAAUGGAUACUGCUCCACAGGAUUUUUGUCAGGGGUCUUGUGAUCCUGUAGACUGCAUGCCCAUUGAAAAGAGAAUAUUUUCCAUAUUUCUCAGUGCCUCUGAGAGAGUUGGGCUACCGUGGACAGACAAAGAAGACAUUCAGAUGUUGUUCCGUU